ACUAUGCUUUUACCAUCAUAUAUUCUUCAUCUUGUUUUUGAAAACUAUAAGAGAGAGAGUGUGUGUUUUAGAGAGAGAAUGUUGAAGUCAGGUAUCCAUGCAUAUGGCAAUCUAGGAGGUGAUUCUGAUGACUCACUUAGUUUCCUUAAGUCUCUUCAGGAGCUAAGGGAAUUGAGAGCUCAGAUUCAUGAUGCUGCUGAUUAUUGUGAAAAAUCAUACUUGAAUUCUGAGGACAAGGCAAUUGUGUUGGACAACACAAGAGAGUACUUGUGUCAGGCAGUGGUUACAGUUGUGGAUCACCUUGGAAGUGUUUCUGCAAAUCUUGAUUGCUGCAUUCAGAAGAGUGACCGAGUUACUGAAGCUGAGCGCCGAAUCAACUGUCUAAAACAAAAACUUGAUUCAUGUGAUCAAUACAAUCACAACUUCACCCUGACUAAAAUUCGAUGGAGUACAGAUUUGCCAAGAUUUUACCCACGAUAUAUCUCACCACCGUCUGAUUCAAGUAAAGAAUCGAGCUUGCAAUUGAGGGAACUUAAUCAGCCAACUGUUGGCAGCAUAAUCAGUGAGCAAGAGUUCAAGACUGUUGAAGAUAUGCCACUUUUCAUGUAUACAAGCUCUAACAAGAUAAGUCUAGGUACAAGUCCUAGGUCACCACUUGACAUUACAACCAAAGAAAUUACUGUCAUGCCUGUGCGUGAUGAAUUCUCAGUUGCACCCAAGUUAAUAAGGAAUCCGUCUUUCCAUUUCCAGGAUAAUAGAAAACGUGGUGGGAUCAGAAGACUACUACAAACAAUGCAGUGGAAAGAUAAGAAUGAGAAAGAGAUCUUAUCCUUGUUUAGAAAAAGUAAAAGAGAGCCAUCUAGAUUACUUAAGCUUAAGCUCUAAGCUUAAUCUCGAGUUCUCUACCUAAGAAAUUCUUCGUCAUGGAGUAAUGCAUACAGAAGGAAGAAGCGAUGAACCAUCAGCAAAAUGAUAUAGCUAGACUAAUGUAUUGUGUGAUCUUGUGAUUGUGAAUUGCAUAGAUUGUGGCUUUUGUUAUGUUCCAAAUACUAGAUGUAGUUAUUUUCAUUGCUAAUUCUCCCCCCACUAUUUUAUAGGCCUUCAAGUUACUGGUAUAUGUAAGCUUCUACUUUCAGUAAGAUGUCUUUUGAGAUGUCAAAGAGACAAGUAUUUGUAAUGUCUCUUGUUAUUUGUUCAUCAAUCAAUUAUAUCUUGUUCAUUGAAAAUUAGAGUAUUCAUUUUUAAAA